UUCUGAUAAUUGCCAACCGAGAAGGUCCAUAAGCACGUGCUCGCGUUCCCUCCUCGCCUAGCCGGUCGUCGCCGCCGCUUCCCAUCGCUUUCUCUCUUUCAUCUCUUGGAGUCGAAGGAACAAAUUUCGAGUGCGACAAGCUCGAAACCGAGGUAAGCGUGGCCGAUCAUGAAUGCUUUCAGUUUCACUUUCGUUUAGCGUUUGAAUAUUUUGUAGGGUUUUCUCUGCUCAAUUUCUCUCUGAUGGUUGAUGUGUGAUUGAGCCAUGGCAUGAGGGGUUCGAUUCCGUUCUCGUGUUACCCAGAGAAUUGCACUCUGGCAUCGGCGGCUGUAUUGAGGCGGAAUCUCUUCUUGAUAAAGUGUUUGGACGGAUUUUGUUGCCGCUCCCAUUCACAGAGGAUGCAAGGAACACAAAGUGCUGCUGUUCCGGCGGCGGAGGCUGAUGCUGAGAAAACUAUUCAGAUGAUAACGCCGGCGCUAGACCCAAUUCGUUAUAAAGGUCAAGCAGGGAAGAUUGCUGUAAUUGGUGGGUGCCGUGAGUACACUGGUGCACCAUAUUUUGCUGCUAUUUCAGCUCUUAAGAUUGGGGCAGAUCUAUCACAUAUUUUCUGUACAAAAGAUGCAGCAACAGUGAUAAAAAGCUAUAGCCCGGAGUUGAUUGUACACCCAGUUUUAGAAGAAUCUUACAGUGUAAGGGAUGAUGAAAAAGCAUCUGUUUCUGCCAAGGUUCUUUCUGAAGUUGGGAAGUGGAUGGAAAGGUUUGACUGCAUUGUUGUUGGUCCAGGCUUAGGAAGAGAUCCAUUUUUAAUGGACUGCGUGAAAGACAUCGUGAAGCAUGCUAGGCAAGCAAGCAUUCCAAUAGUCAUUGAUGGGGAUGGCCUCUUUCUCAUCACUAACAACCUUGAUCUUGUUAGUGGAAACUCGUUAGCUGUCCUAACACCAAAUAUUAAUGAGUACAAGCGGCUCGUUGAGAAAGCUUUGGGUUGUGAAGUAAAUGAAAAAGAUGGAAAUUACCAAUUACAGUUGCUUUCCACAAAGAUUGGUGGCGUAACCAUUCUUCGUAAAGGAAAAUCUGAUUUUAUUAGUGAUGGUGAAGCAGUCCAUUGUGUGAGCACCUUUGGUUCACCUCGGCGAUGCGGUGGUCAAGGUGACAUACUUUCUGGCAGUGUUGCUGUGUUUUCGUCAUGGGCACGCCAUCAUCUACUGAUAACAAAUGGGACCAUUGGAAAGAGUUUGUCAAAUCCAAUGGUUCUCGGAUGCAUAGCAGGUUCGGCACUUCUUAGAAGAGCUGCUGCAUUUGCAUUCCAGGACAAGAAACGAGCAACGCUGACAACUGACAUUAUUGAGUUCCUGGGAAAAAGUUUGGAAGAAAUCUGCCCCGCUGAUUAGGGCCGCAUCCAUUGUUUUGCAAUGUUUCCAAUGAAAUAGUACUCUACACUUGUGGUUGUCAAGCAUCUCUGGCAAACCAACAUUAAACGAGUAAAUAAACAGGUGACUUUGUAUGUGCUGAUAGCAAGAAUGUUGUGCCACUGGCUGGAAAUGUGACUAUGGCAGAAAACAUAA